ACUAAGCAUUGUCAUCAUAAGAUGGAUGUUUCAAACAAGGAAUCGCCCCUUAAUUCAUUAAAAACUUAUCAAAGCAGAUAUAAAAUUCUGAUAUCUUCCCAGUAAUUCAUUUGUUAUUUUGCACAUAGGAAUAUUUAUUUUUAAAAGACAUUUGAUAAAAAACUAGGUCUCAUCUGGAAUAUCAGAUGGGUGAAGGACAACCCUAAUUCGGAUAGAAGACUAUAAUAUCAUGUGAGUGAAGGAAAUUUCGUGAAUGGAAAAACAGGCUUUUUGGUCCUCGGCGUUGCGACACUACCGCAUUACAAAAUUUGGUGAAUUAUUACAUUAUAUUACAUGACCUGGUUACCUAACAUGCUCAAUAUUAUUUAAAAAAAUUAAUUUUUUUUUCUACAUUAGGAAGUAAGUUCGAAAGUUCUCAUAAUCAAAAAAGAAAAAUAACUUAUUAUUAUUUCAAUCCGAUUUAUAGAAGGUACAUUUGCGCGAGGAAGUAAGGUAAUGAUUAAGGUAUUUCAUGAAUAACACCUGAUGCAUUUUGCUUGAACUAAUAAACAUUAACAAUGACUGCAGUGAAUGUACUGGUGCCGUACACCGAGUGGCGGGAAUAAAUACGAGUCUGAAGAAAGUAACAGUUCGUUCGGCAAAAGCAGCCUCUUAGUUGACCAGAUAGAAUGCUGCGUAUAAAAGCCUCUCUCUUCAUAUAAAGUAGAUAGUUCCAACUGUGCCUCGGUCGUCCGCUCACUCGCAGCACAAUGGAAACACCGGUAUUAACAAUAUUACUGAUUUGUAUCGGUACAUCAUUCGCAUCCCACAGCUCAUACACAAUACCAGUUGAAGGGUAUGAAACAGAAUUACACGACCUUGGUGAACACGUGGAAAACCACGAAACACCAGUCAGAAUAAUUAAAAUAACAAAAACCGUCGCUGUUAAAGUCCCAGUACCGUAUCCAGUGAAAGUAGUACAAAAAGUGCCAUACCCAGUUCAUAUAAAUAGGCCAUAUCCCGUUCCAGUACCUCAAAUAAUAAAGGUACCUCAUGAUGUAGCCCCGAAACUAAACCACGAGAAUCAUGCGCUCGAUAUAGAACAUAGGGACGGCUCCUUCCAAAAUCCACACAAUUCUUAUCAAGUACAAGAAAAUCAUCCUCAAGAUGACGCGCCUAAUCCAUAUGAACAAGACAGUCACGCGUAUAAUGGACCCUCACAUAAUAGUUAUAAUCCAUCCGUUGCAGAGGAAUAUAAUGGAGAAGGUCCUGGAGACCAUUACAACAACAUACCGAACAACUACUAUGAAUCUUCCGAUGAUCAAGACGGACACAAUACAUUAGAAUCAAAAAAUUAUGACAUAGCCAUCCAAAAUUACUUAAACAACAUGAAUUCAAAUAAUAACCAUGGGGCUUCACGUUCAUAUCAUCAUUAACUAAUAUGAUAUCUUUAUAUUUAUAUAAUUGUACCUGAUAUGACACUUUCAAAGAAGACCUCUAAAUUUUCAAUGCCAUUUUAAAAUGUUGGUCAUUCGUAUACUGAGGGUGGGUAUGUUAAGUAAUAGUUAAUACAUGGAGAUAAAAUAUCAAUAAAUUUAAUUUCCAUAGAUCAACUUUAUCCCCGAUGGAUAGAUUUUUCAGUUGAAAAAGUAUGUUGAACGAAUUAAUUGUAUAUGAAUGUGUAUGUGUGUAUAUUUUUGUAAAAAAAGAACGCCUGUUAUUUAGCUUUUAAGAGCUUUUGUUGCUACAUGUGUAAUUAUGAUUGUUAUCAUU